AUGCUCCGCUCGACCCGCCUCAUCCGAUCCAUCCCCUCCACUUCCCGCGCCGUCGCUUCUCGCUCAAAAUCUACUAGCGCCGUUCAAAAUGCCCCUCUGCCCCGCGAGAAGGGUAUGACCGUAGAGGGCAAGGCGCGCGUACGCGAUCACGUACGGCGUAUCCAGUCCAGCGCAGCUUCAGGAGCUGCACCAGUGGUACGACCGACGCCAAGUCCCAGCUUCCAAGUUCCUCCUCAGGCCCAGAUCAAGGAGAGCCCGCAGUACAUCGAUCCUCUCCAGGGUGAUCCGCAGGUCAGAAAUGGGCUGGACUACUCCUUUAUUGGAAUGUCCGGUGGCCAGAUCAUCCACGAAAUGCUCAGACGACACGAGGUCAAGAAGGUGUUUGGCUACCCCGGAGGCGCCAUCCUCCCCGUCUUUGACGCCAUCCACGACUCCCCCAACUUUGACUUUGUCCUCCCCCGUCACGAGCAAGGCGCAGGCCACAUGGCCGAGGGCUACGCGCGCGUAUCAGGCAAGCCCGGUGUCGUGCUCGUCACUUCCGGUCCCGGAGCUACCAACGUCAUCACGCCCAUGCAGGACGCGCUCUCGGACGGUAUCCCCAUGAUCGUGCUCUGCGGACAGGUAGCGACCAACCUGAUCGGAUCGGACGCGUUCCAGGAGGCGGACGUCAUUGGCAUUUCGCGCGCGUGCACCAAGUGGAACGUGAUGGUCAAGGACAUUGCGGAGCUUCCUCGGCGGAUCAACGAGGCGUUCAAGAUCGCCACCACCGGUCGGCCUGGACCCGUCCUCCUUGAUCUCCCCAAGGACAUGACGGCUGCGAUCCUCCGUCACCCCAUUCCUUCCAAGGCCGUCCAGGUCGGCUCAUCCCCUUACCUCCCUUCGUCCCCCCUCAACCCCGUUACCCACACCGGACCCCGUCCCGGAGACGCCUCCCUCAUCUCGGCCGCUGCCAACAUGAUCAACAAUGCCAAGCGCCCCAUCGUCUACUGCGGGAACGGUGUCUUGUCGUCCCCGGACGGACCCCGCCUCCUCCGCGAGAUUGCCGACAUGGGCUCGAUCCCCGUCACCACCACCAUGCAGGGUCUCGGCGCGUACGACGAGCGGGAUGAAAAGUCGCUCCACAUGAUCGGAAUGCACGGUGCGGCGUACGCCAACUUUGCCAUCCAGGAGGCGGACGUCGUCAUUGCCCUCGGCGCGCGGUUCGACGACCGUAUCACCGGCAAGGUUGACACCUUUGCGCCAGCGGCUCGCGCGGCGUCCCUGGAGGGCAAGGGUGGUAUCAUCCACUUUGAGAUCCAGCCUAAAAACAUCAACAAGAUUAUCCAGGCGGAUAUCCCGGUUCUUGGGGAUGUGGUAGCGAGCAUGGGGGAGUUGCUGCCACAGAUCAAAAAGGUGGAUCGGUCGGCGUGGAUCGGGCGGUGCAAGGCCAACAAGGAGAGGUACCCGUUCACCUUUAUUCCGAGCCAGGAGGGGAGCAAGUUGAAGCCGCAAGAGAUUGUGCGGGAGUUGAAUGACCAGGUCGAGAUUAUCGGGAAGGAGAAGGUGAUCGUCACUACCGGUGUCGGACAACAUCAGAUGUGGGCUUGCCAGUACUACCGAUGGUCCGAGCCCCGCUCGUGGGUCUCGUCCGGCGGUCUCGGGACGAUGGGCUACGGUCUCCCCUCGGCUAUCGGCGCCAAGGUCGCCGCACCGGAAAAGAUCGUGGUGGAUAUCGACGGAGACGCUUCAUUCUCCAUGACGGCGAUGGAGCUGGCGACUGCCAACCAGUACAAUAUCGGCGUCAAGGUGUUGCUGUUUAACAAUGAGUUCCAGGGGAUGGUGGAGCAAUGGCAGGACCUGUUCUACGAGAACCGAUACUCGCACACCCGGAUGCACAAUCCCGAUUUCAUCAAGCUGUCCGAAGCGAUGGGCGCGAAGGCUCUGCGCGUGACAUCGCUCGCGGACCUCCCGGCCAAGAUGAAGGAGUUCUUGGAGUAUGAUAAUGACCGGCCGAUCGUCAUGGAGUGUGUGGUCAGUAGUGAGCAUGUGUACCCGAUGGUACCUGCUGGAAAGGCGCUGCAUGAGCAGAUUCUGCACCCUUCGCUGAGGGGGAAGAACGCAUGA